AUGGGCAUCACUAGCAAGAUUGACGGGAAGACUGGCACAGACCAUGUUGAACAUAUCGACUCGCAGCAGAGCGUGCUCGACGAUCUCGACACCAUCGAAGAAACUAAGACUGGCAAGUUCGCAUGGCUUGUUUCCAUCACAGCAGCCAUUGGCGGUAUGCUUUUCGGAUACGACACUGGAAUCAUUAGCGCUGUCCUAGUAUACAUCGGAACGUCCCUUGAUCACAAAGUCUUGAGCUCGGGUGAAAAGGAGCUCAUCACGUCUAUCACGUCAGGCGCAGCUUUCUUUGGUGCUAUAUUCGCCGGCCUUACGGCUGACAAGUAUGGACGCAAGCCAGCUAUUUACGUUGGCUGCGUUCUAUUCAUUAUUGGCGCAGUCUUACAAGCUGCAUCAUUUGGGAUUGCUCAGAUGACUGUUGGACGCCUUGUUGUAGGGUUCGGUGUCGGAAGUGCAGCCAUGAUCGUACCCAUGUACAUCGCCGAGGUGUCACCAGCGAAGUACAGAGGCCGCAUGAUCGGACUAGACAACAUGUCAAUUACUGGCGGUCAACUCAUAUCGUAUGGGAUCGGGGCUGCGUUUGCCAGCACUCCUGGAGGUUGGCGAUACAUGGUAGGAGGCGGUGCGAUUCCUGCGAUUGUACUUUGUGCCCUUCUACCUUUCUGUCCCGAAUCGCCCCGUCAGCUCAUCUAUCACGGCAAGGAAGACGAGGCCAAGGACGUUAUUCGCAAAAUCUACCCCAAUGGUACCGAAGAUCAGGUUAACCAGAAAUGCGAACACAUCAGGAUGCACAUCGAGGUCUCGAAGCAGAUGACUGAGGGCAAGAGUCAAUGGUGGGUCUUCAAACAACUCUACGUUGUCCCAGCGAACUUCCGUGCUUUGGUCUCGGCAUGUGGUCUUAUGGCCAUCUCUCAGCUUGGUGGAUUCAACUCUCUGAUGUACUAUUCUUCGACGCUUUUCGCACUUGUUGGCUUUUCCAACCCGGUCGCAGUUGGAACCGUCAUUGCUGGAACAAACUUCUUCUUCACCUGGGUUAAUCUUAUGCUCGUCGACCGUGUCGGACGCCGCCGAAUUCUACUUAUCACCAUGCCGUUCAUGGGUUUGGCUUUGAUCCUUGCCGCCAUCGCCUUUCACUGGAUCCCAGUCAACCACGACUUGACCCUCAAGGCUGGUGUCAGUGUCGGCGUCCCAGCCAAGUUGGUCCUCGUCUGCAUGGUCGUCUAUGUUGGCUUCUAUUCCUCAGGAAUGGGAAACACUGCAUGGCUCAGCUCUGAGUUCUUCCCUAUGGAGAUUCGAGCCAUGGGAACGAUGAUGUUGACCAUGACAUGCUGGGGCUCCAACGUCAUUGUGGCUAGUACUUUCCUCACUCAGAUGGAAAACACCACACCUUCUGGUGCAUUCGGAUUCUACGCCGCAAUCUGCAUUCUGGGCUGCUUCCCCUGCGUUUACUUCUGCUACCCCGAGGUCAAAGGCAUGACUCUCGAGGAUAUCAGAGAGAUCUUCUCCCACGGAUUCGGCGUUCAGAAGGCGCGAGAGCUCCAGAAGGCACAGAAGCAAGCCUCUAGCUAUGGAACAGAAGUAGAUGGAUUAGCCUAG